AUGCCGAAAAGCUUGUCCGAGACCAAUGAUGGCAACCAAUCACCUCCUUUACGCGCUUCGCGUGUCACCAACAACUUGCCACUGAAACGACGUAGCGAAGGCUCACCUGUUCGUCCAUCAGCAUCCAUUAAAGCAUUCGCCAUGCGUGACGCAUCCUCCUUGAAACCACGAUCGUCUCCAACCACACGUGCCAGCAAAGCCGGAAGUAGUAGUAGCAGCAACAAUAGCAACAGUAAUAGCCAUGGCAGUAAAAGCAGCAGCAGCAGCACUGGUGGUGGUGGUGGCAAACAAAGUCUCCUUACGUCUUUGCUUGGUCUCAAGAAACAAGGUGAUGGUGAGACGAACAGCAACAGCAACAGCAACAGCAACAGCAGCAGCAGUAGUAGUACAAAGAGCAACAACAACAACAGCAAAAAGAUUACCGAUCCACGUUCAUUAUUGAAGCGAUCUCAUUCAGCACAAUCACGCCUUGAUACAAUUGGAAAAGAUUGGCUUAAUGCACCUAUACAACGACCAGCACCUACAAAGAAAAAGAGUUAUGACCGUUUUAUACCUGACCGUGAUAGUAUGGAUCUUGAGUCGGCACGAUACAACAUUGCUAAGCAAACGGAUCAGCGGUUCCUUGAUUACGAUGCAAGGAGUCGCAAUGAGCGUGUAGCUGCAGUGGUGGGCAUCACUCCUAAUCAACGUAUUCUCUCUUUCAAGCCCGAGGCACCAGUGCUUACUCGUACACGCACCACCGACUAUACCAAGCUAUCAUCCACUAAUACAACAACAACAACAACAACAACAACAACCGCAUCGCCUGUGCCACCCACACGUCGUAUCCUCACCUCUCCUGAAAAGAUCUUGGAUGCACCCUAUAUGGCUGACGACUAUUACUUGAACUUGCUCGAUUGGUCGGUUGCCAAUGUUGUUGCUAUUGGUUUGGAUCGAUCCAUUUAUCUUUGGAAUGCCAAUGAUGGUACUAUCCAGACCCUUGAUUAUCAAAGUAACGACCCUGUUGCUUCUCUUUCAUGGUCAGCGGAUGGUGCGUUCCUUGCCGUGGGUACAUGUGAUGGUGCUACCGAGAUUUGGGAUGUCGAGGCCAAUCAACGUUUACGUUCCAUGGCCGGUCAUCAAGGUCGUGUAGGCGUGCUUUCUUGGAACAAGCAUUUGGUUUCCUCUGGUUCACGUGAUUCAACCAUUUGGCAUCAUGAUGUACGUGUAGCUCAACACAAGGUCGCUGAACUUUUGGGUCAUCAAGACGAAGUCUGUGGUCUCAAAUGGCGCUCGGAUGGUGACAUGCUUGCCAGUGGAGGCAAUGAUAAUACAGUCAACAUUUGGGAUGCACGUGCUACUACACCAAAAUACAGCAAAAGUAAUCAUGUGGGUGCCAUCAAGGCCAUUGCAUGGUGUCCUUGGAAUACGAAUCUUGUUGCUACGGGUGGUGGUCGUGAAGAUAAGCACAUCCACUUUUGGAAUGCAUCCUCUGGUGCGCGUGUGAGAAGUGUGUAUACGGGUUCGCAAGUGACAUCUUUGAUUUGGUCCAAGCACUACAAGGAAAUUGUAUCGUCGCAUGGUUUCCCUGACAACCAAUUGAUCGUUUGGGGAUAUCCAAAGCUGAACAAGAUUACAGAGAUCCCUGGUCAUGAUUCACGUAUUCUCCAUUCUGUACUAAGCCCUGAUGGUCAAGUCGUUGCAACGGCAGCUGCGGAUGAAAAUCUAAAGUUCUGGCGUCUCUUUGAACAUGAUGGAAAGGAAUUGACAAGUGGUGACAUACGACACUAUACUGCAUUGAAACGAAGUAAUAGCCUUCGCUGA